GGGACUUAAUAAUCGCCCGUGCCGUGGAAACUGAACAGCAAACGUUGCCUGGCAAACCAAUUCAUUCUCAUUUAUUCUAGUUGCAACUCAACUUAUUGCACAAAAUUCAGCAACUUGUGAUUUUGAACGAGUAUACAUAAGGUGUCAUAAUGCCGACUGAGAGCAUCAAGGAGAGUGAAGUGAUGGAGUGGGUGGCGGCUAUUUUGGCACCCACCGGAGUAGUAGUUCCCAAGGGAGACAUCAAGACAGUCCUCAAGGACGGAACCAUCCUCUGCAAACUGAUAGCGGCGCUACCUGACGGAAAAGUUGGAAAAUACAACAAAAAGGCAGCCGGCAAGUUUCAGAUGAUGGAGAAUGCGGACGCGUUUGUGAAAGCGAUGAAGGCAUACGGAGUGUCUGACGACGAUUCAUUCGCCUCGGUGGACUUGGUAGAGGCGAGAGGUAUCAACCAAGUCAAGAUUGCACUGCUGUCACUAGCCCGAAAGGCCCAAGUGAAAGAGGGCUACAAUGGACCUACUUUGGGAGUAAAAGAGGCGACUGAGAACAAACGAGAGUUCACGGAGGAACAACUGAAUGAGGCUAAGAACAUUCCGCGUGCAUGGUAACACUUUGCUAAAAGGCGCGGAAUAAAAUUAGCAAAAAAAAACUGAGUAUAAGAUAACAUGUUUCCCAUUUAAUUGUUAAGUAAUUACAAUUACAACAAAUCUCAAAAAUUCUAAUCACGUUGUAUUGAUACAAAUAUAAUAUUGAGUACUAAUUAAAA